AUGGUACAGAGUGAUGUGUUUACUCACUGUAGAAACUGUUCCGCCAGACUUGACGACUACAUGAUCGCCCCUAGCAUUGUUGGGAGUGUUUCCGGUAUCGGGAGCCCGGAAGUUCGGUAAGUGACUCUUCAUAGUCUCAAGUAUACACUCGCCGCUUGUGACAGGUGGGUAGAUAGGCUGAACAAGUUUGAAGGUAAGAAUAUUUAGUUGAAGAGAAGAGACACAGCACAAAGAAAUCUUCUAUGUAA